AUGCAAGCUGCUAUCGCUGCAGUACGAGAGGGACGAUUCAAGGUUAGAGAAGCAGGACGUCAUUUUGGCGUGCCUCAUAGCACUCUUAUAGAUAAAGUAAAAGGCAGAGUUCCAGAAGUAAGGAAAAUGGGACGAGAUACUUAUUUCACAGAAUACGAAGAAAAACUUUUGGUGAAAUAUAUCAUUGCCAGUGCUAAGAAGGGCAUACCGGUAAAGAGAAAUACAUUGUUAGAAACGGUAAAAAAAAUAUUAGAUGACGAUAAGAGGGUGACGCCAUUCAAAAAUAAUCGGCCGGGCAAGAAAUGGGUUACAUUAUUUUUUAAGCGACACCCGGAAAUAACUGAAAAAAAAGCUGAAGGUAUCUCCACAGCCAAAGCUAAUGUAUGCGAAAACGACAUUAAACGCUGGCACAGAUCCCUUGAAGAGUAUUUGGUUGAAGAACAUUCGUUGGAUAUAUUAGAAGACCCCAAACGCAUAUUUAAUGCAGACGAGUCUGGAUUCCAGACAUGCCCAGAGUCAGGAAAAGUGAUAGGACCGGUCGGCAUGAAAAACUUCUAUGAGAUAAAAUCUGGAAGAGAAAAGGAACAAGUGACUGUCAUGGUAGCUAUCAAUGCUGCAGGUCAAGUAGUCACUCCAAUGAUAGUAUAUCCGCUAGUGAGAAUUUCAAAAGAAAUAGCAAUAAAUGUUCCAGAAAACUGGGGGAUUGGCAAAUCCCCGAAAGGUUGGAUGACAGGACCUUUAUAUUACGAAUACAUCGCUAAUAUCUUCGACCCAUGGGUAAAGGCGAACAAUAUAAAAAAACCAAUUUUGCUUUUAAUAGAUGGACAUAGCUCUCACUUGACAUUGGAAGUGUCUCAGUACUGCGCUGAAAAUCAAAUUUUAGCCUACGCCCUCUUUCCCAAUUCGACGCAUAUUUCUCAGCCGGCGGAUGUAUCCGUAUUCAAAUGCCUGAAAAGUGGUUGGAAAAACACUGUAUGCGAGUUCAAAGACAGAACAGGGAAUAGACAGAUUACUCGUGCUGGAUUCGCACCAUUACUAGCAAAAGUUUUUAAAGACAAGGUGACUCCAGAUGUCGUUGCGAAUGGAUUCAGAAAAUGUGGGAUCUAUCCAUUUGACGUCACAGCCAUAGACUUGACAAGGUGCAUGGAUAAUGACACUCGAAGAACUGCACCUGCAUCGGUUCCACCCCGUGAGAUUGGAGUAGAAACACUGCUGCUAUUUGAGUCAUUUAUGAGACAAGGCCGUGUAGAACAAUUUAGACGCAGCAAUGAACAAUGGGAAGGGGAGGAGACGGCAAAGGAGUUAUUUUAUGUAUGGAAAAAGUUUCGCCAGCACUGUUUGUCGGAGACUUCCCCAUCCAGUGCAGAAACACCAAGGCUUCAAUCGAUAACAUCAUUACCGCAGAAGACACUACCGGAGGAGAUGAACAUUUCUACCAGGAGCAGUACUCCAGUCUCGAAGACACCAGGUGUACCAGAAGAAACCAAAACUUCCACAAUAUGUAGUACUCCAGUCUUGAUGGCACCAGAUCUUCCAGAAGAGGGCGAAACUUCCACCAGAUGUAGUAGUAGUACGAUCUCUAUAGUACAAUAUUUUCCAGAAAUGGAAGAAACUCCCACCAGAUCUUAUACUUCACUCUCAAAGGCACCACAUCUAUUAAAGAAGUCUGAAACUCCAAUCCGAUCUUGUAAUCGGGAACGGCUCCCAUUCGCCACCACUUCAAGAAAAUGGCAAGAUUAUUGGUUGGCGAAAGAAAAUGAAAAAGAGGAGCAUAAUAGAAAAAUAGAAAUCCGAAAACGUGUACGCGAAGAGAGCAAAGUCAAGAAAAGCAAACAAACUAAAAUAACAAAAAAAGCAAUAAAAACCAGUCAAGUAACCAAUAAAAUAAAGAAACGAGUCAGAGUGAUUAGAAGCGACACCAGUGAUACCAGUGAAUUAAUAUCAGAUGAGGAACUAGAACACAGGAUAGAAUUAUUAAGGGACACAGAAACAGAAACUGAAAAAGAAGACGAGGAAGAGGCAACAAAAAGUUUUGAGGUGGGGAAUUUUGUAAUAUUUGUAUACGAAGGUGCAUUCUUUGUUGGCAGAAUCGAUUCAAUUUGUCAAGAGGGAGCAUUGAUAAAUUCCAUGCAUCAGUCACUCAAAAACUGGAAGUGGCCCGAGAAAGAGGAUUUGAUUUUAUACCAAAUUGAUGAUAUUAAAGAAAAAAUUAAAAAUCCAAUAAUACUACACCAGAACCGGGGUCUGUAUCAUGUUCCCGAAUUUGAAAAAUAUAGAGAAUAUAUCUGA